CUCUCUCUCUCUCUAUGUAUAUAUAUAAAUACCAAUUAAAGUGAGUGCGAGGGCUUAAUACAACUCAACUACUCUCUCUCUCUCUCUCUCUCGAUUCCCCUAAAUACGAGAGAGACUUCCAAAGCAAACCCUAGCGUCUCUGUUCCUUCACUCGUGAGAAUCCUGUGGUUUUUUAGAAUUAAUUAUGGCUUCAAAGAGGAUUCAGAAGGAGUUAAAGGACCUGCAGAAGGAUCCUCCUGCAUCUUGCAGUGCUGGUCCUGUUGGUGAGGACAUGUUCCACUGGCAAGCAACGAUUAUGGGACCUUCAGACAGCCCAUUUGCAGGGGGUGUGUUUCUUGUUACCAUUCACUUCCCACCAGAUUAUCCAUUCAAGCCACCAAAGGUUUCCUUCAAAACAAAAGUGUUCCACCCUAACAUUAACAGCAAUGGUAGCAUUUGCCUUGACAUUCUUAAAGAACAGUGGAGCCCAGCGCUUACAAUAUCGAAGGUGCUGCUAUCAAUCUGUUCACUGCUUACGGACCCAAACCCUGAUGAUCCUCUAGUGCCUGAGAUUGCCCAUAUGUACAAGACCGACAGAAAUAAGUAUGAGAUGACUGCUCGAUCCUGGACCCAGAAAUAUGCCAUGGGAUAAAAGAUCUUGAUCUGCCUUUGGAAUGUGUCGUGCCUUAUCCUACUAGUAAAUAAAUAGACAAAAAGGACAAAUCACCUUGGAGAUUAACUCGGUCAGUUCCGUUUUGUUUCCUUGGUGUUGAAGAUUUAACAUAUCGGUCCUUAUUUGACUUGGAUAUGUUUUCUAUAGUGGUAAUAUUGGAAUUUAGUUUAUUUAUAUAUAUAUAUAUAUAUGGUGCUUUGCUUGACA